AUGACCUCCAUCAACGCACCUAUCUAUCCCGUUCCCGACCCUGUCGCAGAAGCGUUCCUAGAGCCGGUGAAGGUGCAACUAAAGAAAUUGCGGUUGUCUACUGCGAGUGCGGCGCCGCCGGCGAAUAUGAGUGCCCAUUUCAGGGUAAAGAGCCACUUGCAGUUGGUGAGGGAGCGAUUGGAACCAGUGGGCAGUUUCAUCGUGAAGGAAGCGAAGGGUGAUGCGGGGUUAGAGAUGAGAGUUUGCCACCACAUCGCAAAGCAACACUGGCCGCUUCCCACACCACCCGGCGAGGCUACACACCUCCGCAUCCACGAAAUGUACCGCAACACGCUUUACAAACGUGCCCAGCUUGCUCUCAGACCACCACUAGCAGUGCAACACGAACCACGAACAAGCACGCCGCCUCCGCCGUUGGAGUCCCACGACGAGGAAGGUAGCCCCGACGAGAUGCCUGCCCUUGAAACUUCGACUUCAUUUGGAAAGAGCGUGAAGACUAAGAUCUCAAAUAUCUCGAGGAGAGUUACGAGUACGUUUCACAAGAGCAGUCCGUCCGCCACUCAGGAAGAGCAAGAUGACAAUGAAGAAGUUGAAGAAGAGGAUGAGGUAGACUAG